AUGACAUCGGCUUCAUUUGUGUUCACAAAGAUCCUGGCCUUUAAAAACAAAGUCUUACAUUGUAUCUUCCAAGGGGUCUCAAAUACAAAGAUCCUGGCUCUCAAGGAAUUUGCAAUGAUCAGUCAAGAAUUUGUAAUGGGGUCUUUUACCUCACCACUUGAUAUCAAGCCAGGAGCAGCACCGCAUAAGGCCAAUCAAUACACUCUAAGUUUCCCUCCUCAAAAUCGCAUCCACCUAUCAAACGCCGUAAUUAUUAUUUUGAGUACCUAG